GGCCCGGCGCUCCAGCCCCUCCCUGGCCAGCGCAGCUGAGAGCCGGCGACCAUGCACCGCGCCCGGCGGGCCCUGCUGCUGCCGCUGCAGCUCGCCCUGCUGGUGGCAGCGGGGGCCGGGGCGCGCGUGAGCGCCCCGCGGAGCCUGGCGUGGGGCCCUGGGCUGCAGGCCGCCGCCGUCCUGCCCGUGCGCUACUUCUUCCUGCAGUCGGUGGACUCGGACGGCCGGAACCUCACUAGCUCGCCGCCAGGUCAAACACAGUUCAAAGUAGUGGUAAAAUCCCUUUCACCUAAAGAGUUGGUCCGUAUUUAUGUCCCUAAACCUUUGGACAGAAAGGAUGGCACAUUUUUGGUGAGAUACAGGAUGCAUGAGACGGUCCAUGAAGGGCUCAAGAUAGAGAUCCUUUAUGGUAGUGAACAUGUGGCCCAGUCUCCCUAUAUUUUAAAAGGACCCGUGUACCAUGAGUACUGUGAUUGCCCAGAAGACAACCCGCAGGUCUGGCAGAAAACCCUGUCUUGUCCAGCCAAUGAACCACAGAUCGAACUGGAUUUUGUUUCCUUCCCCAGCAUUAAUCUCCAGCAAAUGCUGAAGGAGGUCCCCAAAAGAUUUGGGGACGAGCGGGGUGCCGUGGUUCACUACACAGUUAUCAAUAACCACAUCUACCGCAGAUCUUUGGGGAAAUACACAGACUUCAAAAUGUUCUCUGAUGAAAUUUUGCUGUCACUAGCAAGGAAGGUCACCCUCCCAGAUUUAGAAUUUUAUAUCAAUCUUGGAGAUUGGCCCUUGGAGCAUCGAAAAGUCAAUGAUACCCCCAGCCCUAUACCUAUCAUUUCCUGGUGUGGCUCCGUAGACUCAAGAGACAUUAUCCUUCCAACCUAUGAUGUCACCCACUCCACACUCGAAGCAAUGAGGGGUGUCACAAAUGACCUCCUCUCUGUUCAGGGAAACACGGGGCCUUCCUGGAUCAAUAAAACAGAGAAAGCUUUCUUCCGAGGUAGAGAUAGCCGGGAGGAGAGGCUGCAGUUGGUACUUCUGUCCAAAGAAAAUCCACAGCUGCUAGAUGCAGGAAUUACAGGAUAUUUCUUUUUCCAAGAGAAAGAAAAAGAGCUUGGAAAAGCCAAGUUGAUGGGUUUCUUUGAUUUCUUUAAGUACAAGUACCAGGUGAACGUGGACGGGACUGUGGCUGCGUACAGGUAUCCAUACCUCAUGCUGGGCGACAGUCUGGUCCUGAAGCAGGAUUCGCCCUACUAUGAACAUUUCUAUGUGGCUCUCAGGCCCUGGAAACACUACGUUCCCAUUCAAAGGAACCUCAGUGAUUUACUAGAGAAAGUGGAAUGGGCCAAGGAAAAUGAUGAAGAAGCAAAGAAGAUUGCGAAAGAAGGGCAGUUAGCUGCUAGGGACCUGCUCCAGCCGCCCAGACUUUACUGCUACUAUUACAGAGUACUGCAGAAAUAUGCUGAGCGCCAGGCGAGCAAGCCCAUGGUCCAUGAGGGGAUGGAACGUGUUCCCCAGCCGGAAGAUGGCACCUCCAUCUGCCAGUGCCAUAGGAAGAGGCCUGAGAGGGACGAGCUUUAAGGAGACCCAGCUCCACGCUCCUCUGUGUGCCGGCUGCAUCUUUAAGACUUGUGGAAGAUGCUAAGCUGUGAAGAAACAGAGGAACCAGGCCGGGUGGAUUAGGCUUACACCUGUAAUCCUGGCACAAUGGAGGCAGAAGCAAGAGGAUUUCAUUAGAGCAAAGCCUACGUGAGAUUUGUGGUGACUUCCAGACUGGAUCUUAUCAAAAAGCCAGAACAAAACAGAAGUACAGAGAAAUGCUAAGCAUUUAAUCCCACACUCAAGAACCUAAGUCAGGAAGAUCAUGAGUUUCACUAUUACAGAAUAGCUUUGGAGCUGUUUGUAUGCCCUGGUGGAUACAAAGGCUCACAGGUCCCUGGGAAUCUGUAGAUGGCACAGUCACAUGCACUGGCUUGUUUCCAUCUUUAUCAAAGGUCACUUUCACUUACUUUUACAUUCAGUUAUGAAGGGAAAAGUGUUUUGGGAGGUCUGAGUCUCUCCUCGCUGUGUGGUUUAUCCUCAUGCACGCUGUUCCCGACGCUUGGUGACAGCAGCCUCGUUCUGGAAGAUCUGAUGAGAUUCACUAAGGAGCAAGCCACUGCCGCUUAAGGUGGCGUGGGGACUGGAGGAGCAUGCCGUAUUGUCUAAACCUUUUCAGCUAGGUGUUUUCCAGGACUUAAUACAGAAUUAAGGAGAACUAAGUGUGCAUGGCAACUCACAAUCUGGACUGUACCCCUCUUAAAGACAGCACAGCUACAGAUGUAGAUGAUGGCAUCCUGUGGGCGUUUAUGCACUGGGAAUAUAAAAACAGCAGCCAUCCAAGUGAGGUCUUUCAUUCUGUUUAUCCUUCUGAGAGUCCUUGAAAAUUGUUACAGCCAGAUUCAGGAAGCCCCAGUAUCCUGGGAUUCACUAAUAACCCAAUGACAAAGGCUGGCACUCAGUCCUGGAUCCACAGAUCCUCCCGCUCCCGUAGGUUGAUAAACAGCCUACUGAAGCUGUUAAGAUAAAGGCUUACAUUGCCUCCACAUUUUAGGACAAGGUUAAGAUCUAAAUCUCAUACCAUAAAUUCAUUUUUGAUUCCUCAGAACAGCAUCAAUCCAAGAUUCCUCACAAAAUGUGCUCUAAAACAAGAGCUACCCACACUCCCAGAGUAAAGGUUCUCCCUGAACUCAAAUACUCAUUUGCUCAUAUCUGUUCCCCCCAAAGACCAAUAAGAACACAAGAAUUUGUAUCUUGAACUAGAUCGUAGAAAUAUCAACAUGAUAAAUAUCCCAUAUGGACACGAGAAGAAAGACUGCCUCCCUCGCUUCUACCUCUCUAACCACAGGUUCAGAAAGCAUAUGGUAGUUUGUUAGAGACGCAUUCAUUUUUUUAAAUUGAUGUCGUUUGAGGCUAAACAGUCCUAGCAGAGAACUAGGAGAAAAGCAAGUUGAGACAAAUCGGGCAGUUUCUAUUGACUUGUCCAAGCCCCAGGAGUCUCAUUGAGACUCCAGACUCUUUGACACACAAACCUGCAGGGGACAUUUUACAUCCAAACUGUAACAAGUCUAUCAAGAAGUCUAGGUAAUUCCACUUGACCAUGGCCUUUGAAAUGAGUUUUAUAUGGCUUUGUGGUUCAUUAACUUGAACGUACCUGAGGGAAGCAAGUUGGAUUUUUAAGCCCUGAUUCCUUCCCUUCCAACUUUACCUGCUGUCCAUAUAGUCCAUUAGCCACUUUUAAUACUGAAAUUUUUAUUAAAAUAUAUCUGGCUUCAGGGGCUAUGAGUUGAGAGUAAAGAGAAACCACCGGAGAGGUUGGAGAGGGCAAGGGGGACAAUGAUAUAAUUAUAUUUUAAUUUCAAUAGAAAGAAAGUUUUAUAUGACUUUUGAAAAAGAGAGGGAUGUAAGGAUAUAAAGAUAUAGGUGUGCCCGUUUGAAUAAACUGUCAACAAUGUUUAUGGCUUCAAACUCUGAGAGGCCGUCACCCAUCAAGUGUGAGUGCAUUGCCUAAAUAGCUACUGAGGAGUCGAACUGAGUACCACCAUUAAGAAGAAGAAAACAGUUUUAAUUGCACUGUAAUGAAACAGACCAAAGGCAUGGGACAGAAUGUGAAGACAUUUCCUACAAGAAAGGGUCUUGUGAGAAGGACAGACUGACGGUGUUGGGAAGAGUACAGAGAGAGGUGGAUUUUAACUUUUGCUUUAUACCAUUUUAUAAUAUCCAAAUUGGUUUUAAACUAUGGAUAUAAAUCAAGCUGUAAAAUAAAAAUGUCAACAUGGUAAAAAAAUAAAUGUACAGAGGAGACAAUAGAAAGGGGAAAGAUGGCUGGGUGGUGGUGGCGCGCACCUGUAAUCCCAGCACGCUGGGAGGCAGAGGCAGGAGGGUUUCUGAGUUCGAGGUCAGCAUGGUCUACAGAGUGAGUUCCAGGACAGCCAGGGCUAUACAGAGAAACCCUGUCUCAAAAAAAACAAAUCCAAAAAAACAAAACAAACAAAAGAAGAAGAAGAAGAAGAAGGGGAAAGAAACAGAUACUUGUGUUUUCUACAAUGGCAUAUUAAGAACCUAUGUCUAGAACUUUGUCCUGUGGUUUUAUUAUAUACUCUUUCUUUUUUUUAAUAAAGCACAUUUUCAUAA